GGUGGCCUCGGCGUGACUCUCCGCCGGUGCCGUGACCGGUGGCUCCCGCAGGAGCGGCGCCAUGGCGGCCGACUCGGAGGUGCUGCACUUCCAGUUCGAGCAGCAGGGAGAUGCCGUGCUGCAGAAGAUGAACCUCCUGCGGCAGCAGAACCUCUUCUGCGACGUCUCCAUUUACAUCAACGACACGGAGUUCCCGGGGCACAAGGUGAUCUUCGCCGCCUGCUCCACCUUCAUGCGGGACCAAUUCCUGCUCAACCAGUCGCGGCAGGUGCGGAUCACCAUCCUGCAGAGCGCCGAGGUGGGCAGGAAGCUGCUGCUCUCCUGCUACACAGGAGCUCUGGAGGUGAAGAAGAAGGAGCUGCUGAAAUACCUCACUGCUGCCAGUUAUCUCCAGAUGGUCCACAUCGUGGAGAAAUGCACCGAGGCUUUGUCGAAGUACUUGGAGAUCGAUGCUUCCAUGGAAAGCGGCCAUCAGGCUGCUGAGAGGUGCCAUUCCUCGGAUGCUGAACUGGGAAACGGGGAGGAGGUGUUGGAUAAAGACUGUGAAAUAAUCGAGAUCUCUGAGGACAGCCCAGUGCACCUGGAGUACCCAGUAAAACAGGAGGAGGGGGACGACUCACAGCCUGCAGAGCAGAACUUGGUCUCAGAAAGAAAGGACACAAAAACCCCAGAAAUAUCAACAGUUGAAAUCGGAUAUAAGGAUGAUGAAAUCUGCAUCUUCAGAAUGGAUUCUAUGAGCGUAGCAAACGUAGAAAAUGAUCAUUUUCCUCAGCCUUGCACAUCCUCUAAAUCAAACUUAUAUUUUCCGGAAACCCAGCACUCCUUGAUCAAUUCUACAGUUGAAAGCAGAAAUACAGAAAUGUCAGGAAAUCCCUUUCAGGGUUUUGUCAGUGACAAUCCAGAAGGAACUUCCAGUCUGGUGAAUGGGUUCCAGAGCCUGGAUGACUCUGGCAGCUCUUGGCGGCACCAAUGUCCAAAGUGUCCGAGGGGAUUUCUCCAUCUUGAGAACUAUCUCCGACAUCUUAAAAUGCACAAACUCUUCCUGUGUUUGCAGUGUGGCAAAACGUUCACACAAAAAAAGAAUCUCAACCGACACAUCCGGGGGCACAUGGGCAUCCGGCCCUUCCAGUGCAUGGUGUGCCUGAAGACCUUCACUGCCAAAAGCACCCUCCAGGAUCACCUGAACAUACACAGCGGGGACAGGCCCUACAAGUGUCACUGUUGUGACAUGGACUUUAAACACAAGUCUGCUCUUAAAAAGCAUUUAACUUCUGUUCACGGAAGGAGUAACAGCGAAAAACCCAACCUGAAUGCUAUCACAAAAAUUAAAAUAGACUAUGAUUAACAGAUGGGUGGUUGUGGAGCCAGGCUCCACACAGAGCUCCUGCUUAGUGAAAUUCUAGAUGAAAUUUUCAAUUCCCCCCAUAUUGGAGAUUAGCACAAAGAUGUGACUGGUGAGCAAAGACAGGCCUUGCGACCAGCCAGCUUGCCUGCUGCACUAAGGCUGCUGUUGCUGUAAGUGCAGAAAAGGUGCUUACUAGUUGAGAGUAAACUGCAAAAUGCAGGAAAUUAUUUCAUGCUUCUGUUCUUGAUACAUUCAAAUUCCCCCCCAAAUUGUUUUACACUCCCCUGUUCAAACUGUUACUGACACUGCAAUAAGCUGAAGCUUCAGCUGUAUUGUUCCUGAUCGAUACCAGCUGAGGAAAGGGAAUGUUCAUAUUUAUCCAGCCAGUCAGUCAUUCCCACCCAGUUCUUGUGUCAUUUGCAGUGAAAUUAUCUCCUUACUUGCCCAAACUUUGCUAGAUCUUUCAACAGGAAGAAGGCAUAUUUUCAUUCUCAAAAAAGAACACACAACCCAAAAAUAACCCAGGAAGCUUUCAAGUUGCCUCUUGCAAAUAGAGAAUUGGUAAAAGAGAAAUAAUCAGUAUUGCCUUGCAGUUCAUUUUUAACUUGAUAGUCUCAUUAAAAGGACUUGGUCUCAGUUUUAUGAAUGAGUUCUGAGUUUUUCUAAACUUCUUUGUUCUGAUAGUUUUUUCUGUCAUAACAGUGUUUUGCACCUGUAUUUGACUAAUUCCAGUUGAAUCAGUCCUGUUUAUUGAGCUGUGACGUUUGCCUUCAUUUUUUACAAAUCAUAGAUACAUAGAGUGGUGUGGACAAUUAAGCUGUGUGCUGUGUGCAGUUUCUAUGUCACUGUGGAGACAUGAUCCUUUAAUUAGGAGCAGCUUAGACACAGAGGUGUUCUCAUGCUCUAGUUCAAUGACACAGUAAAGCAGUAACCACGUGUGUUUGGGUAGGUGUGUCUGUACGUGUCAGAGGGCAUUUCUGUUUCAUCACAAGUGUUUAAGCCCUCUAACACAGAAUCUUUAUCCUCUACCUGUCUUGGACUGGUGUAUGUUUCUUCCACUUAAUAUGAUAUGAAUAAAGAAUUGAUGAAGUUGUUAAUGUGCGAUAAUGGUACUUACAUUAGAUUCUCUCCAGGUAGCAAUAAGCAGUAGUUCUCAAUCCUGUCUGUGUCACCAGGGCUCGCUUUCAAGUUUCAGAAGUGCUCUUAGAAGGUUCUUGCUCAGUCCACAAGUCUGGCCCGUGUGCUCCAUAACCUGGCUGGGUUUAAAAUCCAAGACAGUAGCUUUUAAUGUCAAUUAACAGGUUUUUCUUAGUUUCCUUCCCUGUCUCUCUCUGAGUGCACCAGCCCUUGUUUGGGGUUUUAUUCACCAGGCCCAUGAGGGGUCAGGUGUGUGCAGUAUCUACCCUGUGGUUUCCUGUUACUGUCUGGGAGACACAGUUGCAAAGUUCAGGUGAAGGGCUUCUAAAACCUUGUUUUCUUGAGGGAUUUUUUAAGCUCCUAAUCUGAUAUUCCCCCAAAACUUGACCAAAAUGACUUUACAUAGAUGGGUGACUUGGGAAGGACUCCACUGUGUUGGAUCCUUGGAAGGAAAUGUGUGUCAAGUCUGCCUAGCAGGGUGUCCCUGUGAGUAAUGACAGAAAGGACACACCCCAGGAAGGAACUGGUGUAAAUGAGACUUAAAAUCACCUGCUUCAUCCAGUACUUUAUGCAUAAGGCCCAACCUUUCAUAAUCUCUGCUAUUACUUCAUAUUAAAUGUUGCUAACUUUCUUUUCUAGCACUGUCUUCUGUUUCCAUUCAUUAGUCUGUCUGUUUACAGCCUCUUUGACCUUGUGAUUAGUAUUGUUUGCUUGUUUUUUCACAGAAUACCAUUAAUUUUGGUUCUUAAUUGCAUAAAAAUUAGGAAUCUGAUUUUCCAAAGCAUGCUCAUACCUGCAUUUGCUCUUACUGUAUUUACAGAUGUUAUCUUGGGUAUAUGUACAGGUUUGUGUGUAGCUUUUCAUUUCUGUCUAGACUUAAGUUACUUAAACUCCUUCAUCUUCGGAGUAAUUCGUACACUAAGGAAAAAUUUUACUUCCCCCAGCCUGUUUUCAUGGAGCUGCUAUUGCUGUAGUUUAAAUAAAGGUAUUGUGAACCUUUGGGACA